AUGCAUAUCAUAAAACCUGUUUGGCUGACGCACGGAGGUGAGAGGAAGGAUUUCGAGGUUUAUAGUUGCGAUGUGUCGCCCGAUGGAAGUCGUUUAGUUACAGCUGCUGGAGAUGGAUACGUUCGGAUAUGGUCCACGGAAGCUAUCUGCAAUACCAAUGACCCUGCGGUUGCCAGCAAGCCGAAGCAGCUGGCGUCGAUGAGCAACCACUCCGGUACGAUUCAUACAGUUCGGUUUUCGCCAAACGGGAAGUACCUCGCAUCAGGGGCGGAUGAUAAGAUUGUUUGUAUUUACACGCUGGAUACGAAUCCUCCGUCGCAUGCUACAACAUUUGGGUCGAACGAGGCACCUCCUGUGGAAAACUGGCGCACGGUCCGGCGACUGAUAGGCCACGAUAAUGACGUUCAAGACUUGGGCUGGUCCUACGACUCUUCUAUCCUGGUGUCUGUCGGAUUGGAUUCUAAGGUGGUAGUGUGGUCAGGGCAUACAUUUGAGAAGCUGAAGACGAUUUCCAUACAUCAGUCUCAUGUCAAAGGGAUAACUUUCGAUCCAGCUAACAAGUAUUUUGCUACGGCCAGCGAUGAUCGCACUGUCCGAAUCUUUCGUUUUACCUCUCCUGCCCCGAACUCGACCGCUCAUGACCAGAUGAACAAUUUCGUCCUUGAACAGACCAUCUCCGCGCCUUUCGCCAACUCCCCUCUCACUGCUUAUUUCCGUCGAUGUUCAUGGUCGCCCGAUGGUAUGCACAUCGCCGCUGCAAAUGCCGUCAAUGGACCGGUCAGUUCCGUCGCGAUAAUCAACCGUGGGUCCUGGGAUGGGGACAUAAACCUGAUCGGACAUGAAGCUCCUGUGGAAGUGUGUGCCUUUUCCCCCCGACUGUACGCCAGUCAGCCGGUCGACAAACAAGCGAUGGAUAAUCAACAUGGCGCACAAAACCUAGUGACCGUCAUUGCUUGUGCGGGAGGAGAUAAAUCCCUAAGCAUCUGGAUCACCAGUAACCCCAGGCCGAUUGUGGUUGCUCAGGAGCUUGCCGCCAAAUCUCUAUCUGAUCUGGCUUGGAGUCCCGACGGAAAAUGUCUUUACGCAACGGCACUGGAUGGCACGAUACUCGCAGUCCGGUUCGAGGACGGUGAUUUGGGAUACGCAACGGCUAUGGAGGAGAAUGAGAAGUCGCUUACCAAAUUUGGGACCAACAGAAAGGGCGCCGGCAUCACAGAGACUCCAGAUGGAUUGCUGCUUGAGGAGAAGAGCAAGGCUGGUGAGAUCAAGGGUGUCGAAGGGCGAAUGGGUGCCCUGAUGGGCGAUGACCAGGCCGAUAAUAUAACCAACGAAAAGCCCGCACUUCUACCUUCUAAUGCCCCAACCCCAGCACGGCCAUCGUCUCCGGCCCCAGAUGCACAGAAGAGCCAGCCCAACGGGACCGCAACGCCAUCGGCCCCAGAGCCGGAGAAGCCUGACCCGUAUCAAGCAAAACUUGAAAGACUGAAGCAACGUCCUACAUACACCAAGGACGGCAAGAAGCGUAUUGCCCCGCUUUUGGUGUCCGGUGCAGGUGCAGCUGAGUCCUCCCUGCCUCAGGCCCGCUUGAUGGCCUCGGUUAGCAACCAGGUGAAGGCCGAUACACCCCAGUCUAUUGUCGAUCUCUCUAAGCCCUUCGACGGUUUACCGAAGGGGGGCCUUGCCACUCUGCUCUUUGGGAAUAAGCGCAAGCUCGCGCAGCUGGAGGAAGACGAUGAUGGGCAUGUAGAAAAGCGUGUCGCAUUGGCAAGUCAGAAUGGUGCUACCCCUCUUCUUACGAACACCCCAGAUGGCCUUCUCCCUGCACGACCGCAACCCGCUCCCACCGGUCAACAACCGACACCAGAGUUUAUUCGACCUGCGGUGACGAAUCCUUGUAUGGCCAUGAGCCAGGUACGACUAGCCGUACCCAAGGUCCGAAACCAGAUACUCCGAGCCAUUGACCCUAAUGGGAAGCCGACUGAACCACCAAGUGCGUCGGGAGAGUCCAGCAAAUCCCGCGUUGAUGUUGUCUUUGAAGCUCGCAACCCGUCAGCCGCUAGCUUGACCGGCCGCGCAGUAGACCGGGAGCCGGUGCGGCUCACACUCUUCCGGGGUGAACAGCCCCUGUGGCAGGAUUUCCUUCCACGAACGGUCCUACUCGUGACGGGCAACCAGAGCAUGUGGGCUGCGGCCUGUGAAGACGGAUCAGUUUACAUCUGGACCCCAGCUGGUCGUCGUCUUGUCAGUGCGCUCGUGCUUGAGGCGCAGCCGGUGAUCUUAGAAUGCAAUGGGCCAUGGAUCCUCUGUAUAUCAGCCGUUGGGAUGUGCUAUGUUUGGAAUGUCAAACAUCUCUCCUCGCCUCAUCCGCCUGUUUCCCUUCAGCCCGCACUGGAUGCGGCAAUCCACACACUGGGCGCACACCCGUCAGCCGCGCCGGCAAUCACUAACGCACGGAUCAAUUCCGAAGGCCGAAUAGUGGUCGCCAUGUCGAAUGGAGAGGGUUACUCCUAUUCGCCUUCCAUGUUUACAUGGCAGCGGAUUUCAGAGCCUUGGUGGGCUGUCGGCAGUCAGUACUGGAACACUACCGAAGCGCCGGUGGGCAACCUCCAGACCGCUGAUGCGCAAAAAGACAAGGACGCAAAGGCUGCUGUAUCAGCUGGAAUUAUCCCAUUCUUGGAACGCAACACGACCAGCGAGACGCUACUCCGCGGACGAGCAUACUUCCUCCAACGGUUGAUCAAGGUUCUUCUCUCCCGCGAAGGCUACGAGAGUUUCGAAUCGAGCGUAUCUAUUGCCCAUCUGGAAAACAGACUUGCGGCGGCAUUGUCCCUCGGAGCCAAGGAGGAGUUUCGGCUGUACCUCUCGAUGUAUGCUAAACGUAUUGGAGCAGAAGGUCUCAAGAUGAAGGUCGAAGAAUUGCUAAAGGGCUUAAUUGGUGGGUUGUUUGAGGAAGACGAGGCCGGAACUGCCCAGCGCCUACAGGAAAACGAACAAGAAGACCGGAACUGGCGAGAAAGUUCAGAGACCCUCUGUGGCUGGCCGCGAGAGGUGUUAUUGAAGGAGGUCAUUCUGGCACUGGGCAAACACCGAGACCUCCAGCGGGUAACGGUACCAUAUGCCAAGCUACUGGGAGUUGUAGAUGGCGAGUCGGAUGUGGGCGAUGCCAUGGAAACAUGA